CUGUUCCUGGAUUUCAGCACUGGGGAAGCCCAUCUAUGCACCAAAAAUGUCUAAAACUGGAACCAAGAUUACUUUCUAUGAAGACAAAAAUUUUCAAGGCCGCCACUAUGACUGUGAUUGUGACUGUGCAGAUUUCCACCUGUACCUGAAUCGCUGCAACUCCAUUAGAGUGGAAGGGGGCACCUGGGCUGUGUAUGAAAGGCCCAACUUUGCUGGGUACAUGUACAUCUUGCCCCGGGGCGAGUACCCUGAAUACCAGCAUUGGAUGGGCCUCAACGAUCGCCUCAGCUCCUGCAGAGCAGUUCAUCUGUCUAGCGGAGGCCAGUAUAAGAUUCAGAUCUUUGAGAAAGGGGAUUUUAAUGGUCAGAUGUAUGAAACCACUGAAGAUUGUCCAUCCAUCAUGGAGCAAUUUCACAUGCGAGAGGUCCACUCCUGCAAGGUGCUGGAGGGCGCCUGGAUCUUCUACGAGCUACCCAACUACCGUGGCAGGCAGUACCUCCUGGACAAGAAGGAGUACCGGAAGCCCCUCGACUGGGGUGCGGCUUCCCCAGCUGUCCAGUCUUUCCGCCGUGUUGUGGAGUAAUGACGUGGACGGGGCCACGAGCUUCUUCCUGGGGGCCAAAUGCUGGCUGCCCUUGUCAUCCAAGCGAGCAUCAUAAAUAAAACAAUCGGCAUGCA